AUGGACAUUGACAAUAUAUUCCCAAAUCAAAAAGAAACCAAAUGGGUGAAUAAAUAAAGAACAUUGAUAGUCACAUCCAAAAACAUUUCUGAUCGAAUCAGAUAGUUGUUUAUGGAUUUACAUGAAUUACUUCCUCAUUCUAAAAAAGAAACUAAACUUGAAAAAGGAGAUACAUCUAAAUAAAUUAAAGAAUUAUGCAUGCAACAUUCAUGCAGAAGUUUCAUUUAUUUUGAAGUGCAUAGAAAACAUGAAUUGUAUCUAUGGAUUGGAAGAUUUCCCAAUGGUCCUUCCAUCAAAUACUAUAUUGAAAACUGGCAUAAUUGCUAAGAUUUGAAACUAACUGGAAAUUGCAUGAAAGGAAGUCGACCAAUUCUCUCAUUUGACGGGUCAUUCACUGAAGACCCUUUAAUGAUUUUAUAAAAGGAACUUUUUAUCCAUGCCAUUAACGUGCCCAAACAUCAUCCAAAAAGUGCUCCUUGUUGCGAUAGAGUCUUCUCUUUUAUAAAGGAAAGCCCAGAAAAUAAUAAUAUUUGGAUUAGAAAUUACGAAAUCCAAUAUGAAAAGGCUGGAAAGGAAAUUGUCAAAAAUUAACUUGUCGAAAUUGGACCUAGACUUGUUUUAAAACCCAUCAUUAUUCUUGAAGGUUGCAUAUAAGGAGCUUAAUUAUGGAAGGAUACAGGUUAUGUAACAUAGGCUAAGGUUAGAUUGGAAAAGAAAUUGGAAAUUAAAAAGGAAAAGGAUUUUGCUUCAAAAAAAUAAUAAAAAAAAGAAAAAAUGCUUAGCAAACUAGAAACCUAAGUUGAUGAAAUUGAAAAUAUAUUUGAUAGAGGGGAUGAAUAACAAAAUAGUGAUGGGUUUGUCACUGAAGACUCUGAUGUUAACCUUGACUAAUUUGAAGAAGUUUAAUGA